UCGAAGCUACCGAAACCAAACAGUUGUUUAGGUGAAAAAUGUCGGUCUGCUGCGUGUCUGGGUGUGAAAACAAACAUUCUUCCAGCAAAACACUCAAGUUCUUCAGAAUCCCGACCGGGUCCAAACCGUUUCAGGCGAACCGGAGGCGGUUAUGGCUCCGAAAGCUCCGAGAAGUGAACGGAGAGGAUAUCAAAGCAAACGCGAGAGUGUGUAGCGCUCAUUUCCUCUCGAAUGAAGCCUCCUUGGAGCACAACAGCCCCGACUUUGUGCCUUGUGUGUUCACCAAGGAGAGCAGAAAGAGAAGAGUUACGAGGGCUUACACAAGUAGAAAGAGGCUGCACCCUGUGGCAGAAAAGACAACAGAAGAAGAAACAACUUCCCCUCGAUCUGACUCUCCUGAGGACCUGCAGUCUUCAGAUCUGUUUGAGGAAAUGCGAAAGUCACCAGCUCUGCAAGAGGAAUCAUUGACUGAAGAGGCUGAAACUGAAACCACAUCAAGCCCAAACAAAACAGCAGCACCAUUCAAAGCUCCAAGGGGCGUCCUAAAACCAAAAAUAAUUCCCAUCGUGCUCCUGAAGCGCGUGUUCCUGCCAGCCGGGGUGUUUAAGUGUGAGCAGUGCGAUCAGAACUUCACUAAUGAACCACAGCUGAUGAGGCACAAGAAGCUGCAUGAAGAACAAGUAGCAGAAGAAGAAGAAGAAGAGGAAAAUGAAGAAGAAGAAGAAAAAGAAGAAGAAGAAAAUCAAGAAGAGGAAAGGGAAGAGAGCGCCUCCUUUGUCUGCGAGUCGUGUGGAAAGAUCUUCCCGGGUCGAGCUCUUUUCUCCGAGCACCGGUGUGAGCCGUCGUUCCCGUGCAACAUGUGCGACCGAGCGUUCGCCACGAGCCAAAACCUGAAGCGCCACAAACUGCAGCACGUCAGAGACGAUCGGAAGUGCCAAGAGUGCGGCGCAAUGUACUGCGGACGCCACGCCCAGCCCGUCACCCUGUUGGUGGCCGAGUCUGCUCCCGUGUGUGAAGAGGACUCCCCCGCCGCUGAGCCGGAAACAGAUUUGAUGUCUGUGAAAGAGGAGGCCGUCCCUCCGGUUAGCCUACCAAAACUCCCUCUGAGGCUCAUCCCUCAACCGUUGCCGUUAACCCCCCCGCCUGUCACCAGGUUGGAGCCACACCUGUGCGGCUAUCCUCAGACUUUUAUCAAGCCUCCUCCCCCGCCUCCUGUGCUCCCUCCCUCCAUGCAGCUCUUCUCCCCACGCUUCCUCACCUCGGCGCUCCUGCAGGUGGACAGAAAUUACGACUACAUGUUGAGCAAGCCGAUGCCGGUAAAGAAGAAAAUAGUGAAGGAGGAACCGCGGGAGCUGCCUCUGGUUCUUCCCGCAGUGAUCAGCGUUGAGAACAUUAAGAAAGAACGAACCGCCUACGACAUGGAGUUUGCGAUCUGAUGUAAAUCUGUGCAGGAACUUUAAAAACAAACACCGACUGACGACUGUUCUUUGCUUAAUUGCAAAGAGUCAAACAUUUGUAUGCAUUUGUAAUGUUGGAAAUCUCCCCUCAACUCCUGCUGCUUUCCAGACAAAUCAGAGGUAGAACACUUCAAGUAAAAUCGAUUGAAAUCACAAAAUAGCAUCCACAAAUCAUUUCUACAUUGAAGCAGAGACGUCCUGGCUCCACAUAUCAUUCAUAAAUAAUCAAAUUAAUGUGAAGGGAAAGAGGUCGAUUAUGUCGAGGUAAUCAACCGCUCUAUCGCAGAUCAUAUCAGAAAUAUCAGUCAGAAUAAUCACACUUACAUUAGCACUUCUUGGAGGUCAGGAUUCUCCCAGUUGUGAACCUCCAAAGGGUUCAGGUACACUCCUUUGGUGUAGAGAGGGUAAUGUAAGGAGAUUUGUCACAUGCAAAACAGUCCUUUAAACACCGGCGUAUUGACUUUAUGCUGCCUUUCAUUUCAUAGUUUACCAUUUACGACACCCUUGUUUAGUGACGUAGGACAGCUGCUUUUUCGUGGAGUUACAUUGAGUUAAUUGGCCCGAGUUUACGAGCAGGAACUUCUACGUUGAGCGGCGUUUCAUCCGUCUUUUUUUAGAAGAAGCUUUCAAAUGUUCAAGCCCUGAGUUGCCUGGAAAGCAGCAUUCAAUCAUGACAUGUUCUCUGUAUCAUUAAGCUAAAGCACAUUCUGUUAAUUGCAUUGAGUGUGGUUGAUACUGCAGCUCAAAGACUUCCUUUAUUCCACUACUGUUACUGUCUUUAUGGCAUCUUGUUUCUGAUUUUUGUGAACCUUGAAUGUAUCUGCACACUUCUCUUUAGUGUCUUCUGUUUAUCCAAAUCUCAUGGAUAUUGUUUUACAUUUCUGAUCUCAUACUGCUGCUAUUUUUAUUUAGUAAGAGUUCUGUAUGUUUGGUUCUGUCCCUUCUGUAUCAGUGAUAAAGUGUAGCCUCCCAGUCAAUUCCAGGCCAGCGUGGAGGUAUAAAGCCUCCACCUGGUCCUGGGUCUGCCCCUCAGUCUCCUCCCACCUCUGCCCGUCUUUAAUGAACCUGGAUCCUCAGGUUUGAUCCUGUAAAAGCCAGAUUAAUCUGUGAGCAAAUUCACCGUGCUAUGAAUGAUAGCCUGAAUAUCAUUCUGUAGCAUCAUCUACCUCUGAGACCAGAAAC